UUAGCAGGUUAGAGCGCAGGAGGUUAAGGCGCAGGAGGUUCCAGCGCUAGAAGUGAAAGAGCCGGAGCCCAAACCAAUACCAGUUAUGAAACUGAUGGAUCCAUUUAUUAAAGUGGAAGAUGUCAGCCGCCACUACAGACCAUUGUUUGGGCUUCGCCUUAUAUUUGAGUGUCCCUAUGGCCCUAGUCACCCGAUGGACACCAAGGAAAGUGAGCAUAAGACCGCAGCUCACCAGGGCCCCACCAAGAUGCCAGGGUACUGCGAAUGCUGCAGGUGCAUCUACCCUGAUCUGGAAGAACAUCUUGAAAGCCCUCAGCACAAAAACGUUGUGGAGGGCCAAGAUUACAAGGCCCUGGAUGACCUUAUUGCCACCCUGUGCGCGGACUGGGAGGAGCACUGAAGAUCAAAACACUUUCACCCAGCUCCUGUGUGUGCUGGACUGCUUGGGAGCCAUUAUCCGAUAUGCUCUGCUGUCACCUGCUGCGACUCCCGUAUCUCCAGCCGGAUAUGAAAAACCUUAUCCUUAUGUACCACCAAAAAGCUCUGUGAGCAUAUCACUAUCGCCAUCUAUCUUUAAAA